AUGGAUUCCAGGUCUCCUAUUCGUCGACGCCCACUUCGGGGCAGGACUGCCACAGCUUGCUCGGAGUGUCAACGGAGGAAGAAGAAAUGUAACCGUCAAUGGCCAUGUGAUCAUUGUCAAAAUCGAAAGAUCUCUCACUUAUGCGAGUUUGGGCCACACAAGGGGGCAAGACAGCCGGUGGAGUCAGAAGCAAGCUCAAUGAACGAUUCUCAACAAACAAUUGAGCCUCUGGUAUCUGAUACCCAGAGUCCUUUGUCCCUGGAAGAUUGCUGUUCGGCAGUGAAUGAAUUGUCAUAUGUGGAUAGCGAUGUUUUCAGAGUGCUUCAGGCAAGUGCUACAAUCCAACCCACUACAAAGCCGACGAAAGCGCUCUCAAUCCCAAAUCAUGUUUUGCAAGCUCUCAGAACCGUUCCCCCGCGCCCUUAUACCGACUCUUUGGUGAAAAACUUCUUCAAUCUUGUUAAUUACCACUAUUGCAUUCUCCAUCAACCGCAUUUCAUGACCCAGUACACGAAAUGGUGGUCAACAAGACCCGAACUUAGAGGCUCGCCUAGCUGUUCCGACAUCUCUUUCACUUGCCUGGUUCUCCGAAUAUGCAGCAAUUCGACCCAAUUUCUUACCCCUUCUGAUAUUCAUCGGUUUGAAUCUGAACUUGGAGAGUCUGUAUCGGUCUUGGGGGCGAAUUAUAAUACCACGGCCCAAACUCUGAGCGAUUACCUGCCUUCUGGGAGUGGGGGGUUGUCAAAUGCUCAACAACUCUUCCUAGCAGCUACUUGGUCUAAAUCAGAAGGUGACUUUGUCUCUUCAUGGCAUCAACUGGCUGCUGCGGUAAGACAUGCUCAAGAAAUAGGUUCGUCACGACUUAUUCAUAAACACUCUAGUCAAGAAAGCUCAAUCACAACUUUUUGGACAGGCAUCCAUAAUGAUUCAUCAUCAGACGAGAUGACAGAGAUAGAAAGAGAACUCCGCAGGCGACUUUGGUGUGCUCUGUGGACCUGGGAUAGAUUCAUGGUCGGUAUUUUCAAUCGAGCCGCAAUCAUCCAGUCAAACGAACCUAUCCCCUUGCCAAACCCAAAGUUGGAUCAGACACUAGACGAUCCAGAGAUACCAUCGAUUGUGUUGACCAAGGUGCUUGAGAAUCAGCUAACUAGCCAACUAUACGAUGAUAGCCAAAAGGAUGCGGACUUAGAUGCCAAACUGGCACUAGUCGAAAACUUUAUAGACAGACUUCCAUGCGUCUUCCGGCUUAAGGGCGCCGACGAACGAUGGGACACAAAACAUCCCAGGCUCGUGGUCCAGCGCUUACAAUUACAUACAGCUUGUUAUAUGGCCCAGAUGAUACUGCUCAGACCAACGGUUCUGGAUAUUGAAAGAUGUGACCCGGACAGGCUCUCUUAUAUAAUCGACCUCAGCUUGAAGUGUAUGGAUGUGAGCCGAAAGUUAUUCGAUGCCUGCGUCCCACAGCACGCAAAGUACUUUAUGGUUACAUUCGCCCCAUUCGAUAAUGCCUCAUUUCUGUCUUCGAUUAUCAUAAAGGCCGGUCGGAAGCGUCAGGUUCCCAGACGCAUAGAGGUUAUAGCAGCAAUUGGGCAAGCAAUCUACAUGUGCAACAAGCUACGCGAAUUCACGAAGCUGGGGGCAACAACAUGGACUAUUCUGAAGGCCCUGGCUUCGAAACUCAAGCUCGAUGCGUCAGAGAAAACCGACCUUCAGCAGAUAGGACAAAUGGGCAACGCAUCUAGUUCAACCGGAAGUUCAUUUCCUGAGCUUGGCAUAGCCCAUGAGGAGCCUCUUGUGCACCAACCUGGUAGCAUGUCCGAUUUGGUUGAUAUACCCCAGAGUGAUUGGGGAGUUUGGGGACCAUUAGAACCUCCGGCACAGGUUGAUCUCGGUAUCCUUGACGGGAUGUGGGAUUGGAACGGUCUAGGUUUGGGCGACAUGGGCUCUAACUAA